AUGAGACGACUGUUCUCGGAUUACCUUUCACUGGGUACAAAAAGAGUUUGUAAACUUCCAAUAACAAUGACAAACGAAUCAUUAGAAUCUAAUGUGGGGGGAGAGAUGGCAUCCGCGGAAGAUAACGCGAAUGCGAAUUUUGGCGCGCAACAAAAUCAUAGCGUUAACUCCGUAGACCAAAUCAAUUUUACACCUCUUUCUAUCAAUAACGCGAGGCAAAAUGAUAAUUUUUCGACAAUAGCAAGGAUCUCGACUCGAAACAGCGAAGCAGUGACCUCUAAUAAGUCAUUUAGUGAUCCUCUCCCUUCGCUUUCAAAAUCACGAAAAUAUCAUCAUGAUACCCCUUAUACUUACAGCAUAACUUUAAAAACCACUUCGACGCCUUCUCGAACACCAAACCUCAGCAAUUCCUGGGAAUUUGCGGGAUGGGGUUCCACCUACUACAUUGAACUUCCAACCAACAAGUCACCAGGUAACGAGAUCGGAACCCUGCUCGGUCAAUGGCGCGCCACUAGUAUCGCUGGGAAUGAUCUUGUAGCGUCAGUUUUGUAUACAAUCGGAAUCUGUACAGUUGUAGCGGGAAAAUACGCACCCAUAUCGCUUUUUAUUGUUACACUUAUACUUUACCCGUUUCAAGGAAUUAUGAGCGAGGUGGGCUCGGCGUUACCGCUUAACGGUGGAUCAUACAAUUGCUUGUUAAACACAUCUUCCAAAUGGUUCGCAACAGUUGCAGCCGCAUUGGAAUUGCUGGAUUACGUGACAACAGCUGUUGUUAGUGCAGCGACGGCUACAUCAUAUCUCUCCGGGCAAUUUAACCUAUCGUCAUUUGUUGUAUUCUGGAUGACCGUUGGCCUACUUAUAGUGACUGCUGGUGUUGUAAUAUUGGGAAUCAAAGAUUCUUCCAAUUUGGCAUUUACGAUUUUUCUUUUUCAUUGUUUCACCUUGACUUUGCUGAUGGUUGCAAGUGUUGUGCGGUGGAUCAUCCAAGGGAAUAGCGUGUUGGCUGAAAAUUGGAAGGAUCCAGGGUCAGGAAAUCCCAUGCUAGACAUCUUCUACGGCACGUGCAUAGGGCUCUUGGGUAUUACCGGAUUCGAAACUUCAGUAAACUAUAUCGAAGAACAAAAACCCGGUGUUUACCAAAAGACCGUACGAAAUAUGUGGGCACUAUCUUCUUUCUUUAAUGCGCCAAUUAGCCUGUUGGCUUUAGCCAUAAUGCCGAUUUCGACUUUUAAGGUUCAUCAAAAUGAUAUCAUUUCUACUAUGGGAGGGCAUGCGGCUGGAUCAUGGUUGCAAACCCUUGUAACCAUUGAUGCAAUAAUAGUAUUAGGGGCUGGUGUGUUAACCGGGUUCGUUGGCGCCACCGGGUUGAUUCAUCGAAUGGCAUCCGAUCGCAUAUUGCCGCAAUAUUUGUUAUAUAGGAACAAGUUUGCUGGAACUUACCAUUGGAUAAUAGUGAGUUUUCUUAUCUUUUGCGUAACCCUCUACGCAAUUGUUGGAGGAGAUUUAACUUCAUUAUCCGGAGUAUUUGCCGUCUCAUUUUUAAGUGUAUUGUGCAUGUUUGCCAUUGGGAAUAUCCUCUUGAAAUACAAACGAGGAAGAUUAUAUCGGACGGUUCGAGUGUCCACCGGAGUUGCCAUGUUUGGUGUUGCAUCCAUAUUGACCGGUUUGAUUGGCAAUAUAAUUUACAACCCAUCAAUAUUUCGAUACUUUGUAAUCUAUUUUGGAAUAUUGUUUUCUAUAAUGCUGAUGAUGUUAAAUUACGUUUGGAUAUUGAAAACGUUGUUCUUUUACCUGGAUAAAAUCGUAAUUUUGCAUAAAUAUAAAGUAGCCGAUGUGAUAGUGAGGUUAAUCAGAAGACGGAAAAAUCAGCCGGUGGUAUUUUUCACAAACACGGACGAAAUACACAUCCUUAACAAAGGUAAACCCAUAUCGAAUUUACGCGCUUCAUGUAUCGAAUUAAAUCUUUUCGAUGCGCUGACUUCUUGGAAUAUAGCUGUUUUGUAUGUCAAGAGUUCAGAAUCCAGCGGACACUUGAAAUUUAUUCAUCUCUACGAAAGGAUCGAAGACAUUCCCCCAAGACUUGAAGCAAAUCACCGCGUCCUCGAUGAGCUUUACCCUAAAAUCCAGAUCGAUUUGAUGUUUAUCCAAGGGAAGUUCGAUCCCGAAACAGUAGGUGCCAUAUCAGCUCAUUUGAAGAUUCCGAAAUCUCUAAUGUUCAUUUCGUGUCCGGGAGAAAAAUUCCCAUAUAAGAUCGGCGAAUUUGGAGGCUCAUGCAAUUCGAAAAGAUUUCGCCAAAAUUUUGAGAGGUGGACAAGCGGAAACGUUCAUGUCGACAAUUUAAUAAAAAGGAUGCAAGAGGAGGCAACCAGUUCUAAAGAAAUUUUGGAAUGGAUUCCAUGGAUAAAGUUAAAAAAUUUUAGACAGGUUGGUCGUGGCGGCUUCGGUGCGGUGCAUGUGGCUAACUGGGUUGAUGGCUACAUUGCAUAUUGGCAAGAAAAGGAUCAUGAUUGGGGGAGAUACGAGGGCGGUUCAGAAGUCGCUGUCAAAGUUUUUGAAAACUCUUCAAAUAUUACCGAACACUUUUUAGAAGAGAUAUUUGCAGCGCACCGAUCCAAUGUGCCAGGAUUGAUUAGGUGUUUUGGAUUAACACAACAACCCAGGACAAAAAACUAUGCGUUGAUAACCGAAUACGCAUCGGUCAGUCUCCGUCAGGUUAUCCAUUCACCCGCGAAAAGUUCACUCAAUGCGCAGGAUUAUUCCAAGGAGAAAUUGAAAAUACUAAUGGACAUCGCCUCAACUCUAGAUAAACUUCACUCUCUGGGAAUAGUCCACAAAAACCUUCACAGUGGAAACAUAUUAAAAAAGUCAAAUUCAACUUUUAUGAUCAGCGAUCUUGGUUUAUGUUUUCAAGCCAACAAACACGCGCAUGACAAAGAAUUCUAUGGAGUUGACGCAUAUACCGCCCCCGAAGUAAAACGAGGAAAACCCCAUACCAAGGAAUCUGAUAUUUAUAGCUUCGGUGUAUUGAUAUUGGAAGUUUUCACAAAGUCGAUUAUAUUCCCAAAUGUACAGUCCGAGACUCGGGUAGAAGUUCGACCCGAAAUUCCAGACAAGUUACCAUCCCCGAUAUCCCACCUCAUUACAAGGUGUUGGGAAGAAGUUCCCGAAAAUCGUAUGCAUUUGGACGAGGUGCAUCGUGUUUUAUCGGGAUGGUGGGCGAAUCUUUGGGAUCAGGCCGACCAUGAUCUUAUGAAACAAUUUGAAGCUUGCGACCUACAAUACAUUACUUCUAGUCGCAAAUUUACCAUAAGCAAGUGUCUAAAUAAAAUCGCGAAAGAGGUAAGUUUUGACAAUGAAACCGAUUCGGAAGACGAGUUUAACCCGCACAAACCACUUUCGGAAGAUUCAAAUAUUGAUUUUUCGGGACUCGGAAUUUGA